AUGGACUUCGAUACUAAUUCUAGUUUUGGGACUGAAACGCUGACGACAUUUCUUAAUAACUUCGACGAUUUGAAUUUGAUAUCAGAAAACUACACGGAAUUUCUCCUUCCAUACUUUGAGGCAAUAUCGAAAGAUAACAAACUACGGAGAUUGGCAAAGAAAAAAUGCAAGAAUUACUUUGAACGUUGGGUUUCAACUAACGAUAAAGAAAUAUCGACUAGAUAUCAAGAAUUUUGGUUCAUAUUGAACGGAACUUUUUAUGAAUUGGAAGGCAAUCUCUUUCAUAAUUUAAUCAUCAACGAGGUAGAUAUCAAAGAAUACGAAAACGUUCUUAAUAAUCAGGCAAAGAAGGAAUUCGAACCAGAUACUGGUAAACCAUUACCAAAUCCUUUAAAUAAUUUGAUUCUAGAAGAAGUAGAAGUUACUGAUUAUGUUGACGCCUCCUGA